GAAUGUGAUAUUUGCACAGAAGUAAAAUCAAUUUGAUUGUAUCUAAGAUUACUGAAAUGUAUGAAAUUCAAUAGUUUUGAAGUUUUUCGUUUGUUCAAUAGUUUUGGGUUCUUCACGGCAAAAAAGUGCAGGGGUCUCUUUGCUACACGUGAAGUGUUCAUUACUGCAAGAUUCAAAAUUUAAAAAAUCGUUAUUUUACCAGAGGGAAAUUAUUUUGCACAUUUUAAUCGCUGUCACGGUUGGAGGUACACACGUGAAGGUACAGAGAUUGAAAAUAAGAAUGCUAACACAUGUACACACACUCACAUCUAAUUACUAGCUAAAGUUGUUUUAUACAUGCAUUGCAUGGAUGAAAAUCAACCCUUUACAGACAGAGGAGGACCCUCCCUGCACUUUGCCAGUCUUCUGCAUUGUUAAAGGGACCUUUUAAAAAUAACACGGCGAUUUACUCAUAUCAACAGACGUUGCACUAAGUAAACCCGAGGAAAGUACUUUUAUGUUCCGAAGCAGUUUUUCGUUAGUUGUACAUGGUGACACAGAAAAUAUAGUAGAGUAGUAAGUCGUAUUUUUUAUUGUGUGACUUAGUUUAGUUUAGGGGAAAAAUAUUUUAGAAUAUGACGUUCUUCGUAUAAAUCUAUGUAGUCUUCAGUAGGAACCUUCGGUCGGACACGUAAGGCGGGAAGUUUAAAACGCCGGAUGUGACGUUUAGAACAAAAACGUUCGUUUUUCAGUUGGCAUGGAUUUGGUUUAAUAAACAUAAUGUUAGGGCUUGAUUGGUGGUCUAUUAUAUAAUAGUUUCAUAAUUAAUCUGCGAUAAAGGGUCACAUUACAGCACCUUAUUAGGAAUGAGUAGCAAAGAAGCUAGUGGCUAACCGAAACCUUGUCGGUAUUGGAAAAUGUCUGCUAACGUUAAUUAGCACAGUUGAACACAAUGAGGAGAAAAGUGUCCAAACUAAGGCCGAGCCCAAAUGAAGAGGCUCGACUGAUACGAGAGGAGCAGGAAAGGAGGAGAAAACUACGAAUACAACAGGUGCGGGAGCAGCAGCGUUGCAUUGCAAUACAAAUCCGCCAAGACGUUGAGCGGAGAAGACAGUGUGAGUUAGAACAACUUGGAGAGGAGCUGAGGCAUGGCUGGGAGCGCCAGCAAAGGGAGAAACUUGAGAUGCUGCAGAGGUUAUACCAGGAGAGCCUUCAGCUUCUGGGACAGGGACACAGGAGUGCAAAGGAUAAUAAACCUGACUUGGCAGCUGUAGCUCAGAAGGAGGUGGAAAAUCAUACCAAAGCAGAGGAACGUUAUUGUGAAGCCCUGAAGGAGCUCAAAUUACAGAGGCUUAAAGACCACGAAGUGCAAACUCUAGCUAUAAAUGCCAGAAAGAUGGCACUACAGACAGAAAAGGAAAGAGCAGCAAAAGUGGCCAGCCUCCCACCUCCUCCCCCAAACACAGUGAAGCAAUACACUGAUUCCAAGAAUCCCCAUGUAGUAAAGAAAUCUGACGUAGUGGCCUUUGCGUUAACAUAUCACAUGCCUGAAUGCACAGUGAACAGAGAGGGACACGCACAGCAGACUAAUGCCCAUGAAGGAGCUGAGCUGGAGGCAAGGAGACAGCAUCACUUACAGACGGAUGAAAAGAGGAAAAGAGAGGAGCAGCUUGAAAAGUCCCGUCUUCGAGGGAAGGAAGCACUGAGGAGAGAACAUCUUAUGCAGGAUCGUAAGCGCUUGCUUGUAGAGCUUGAGCACAUGCAGCAAACAGAUCUGUUGAGAAGAAGGCAGCAGGUGUCGCACAUGCCGCCUCAGAUUUUCCAGCCUCUGUACAAGAGACACGAGAUGAGGGAGGACCUGCAGAGGGAGAUGGAGUUUGCCUUUGAGGACAUGUACACCGGAGAGAGGAGGGUUAAAGGUGACCUGAUGGUCCAGUUGAUGCCAGAAACUCUACCAGCUCUUUCAAUAAACAGUCAAGACCAAGAGCUGGACAUCACAAUGGAUGAAGUAGUGACACCAGACACUGAAAACGCACAACCUGAUGCUAAAGAAGAAGCUGAAAGAAAUGAGCAAGAAACACGUGUUCAUGUGCAGUCUGACAAACCCAAACCUGCUCCCAGACCAGCGCUGAGGAAACUCUUGGAUCGUAUCCAAAGCCAGAGGAGCCAGUGGGCUGACCACAGCAGUAGGGUCCCUACCACUGAUUCAUUUCCUGUUCUCAGCAAUCAGGCUUCAGAGCACGACACAACCAUCAACACAGGCUCCCUGACCAGUGAGGAGAAAGAAAACCCACCCCCUCUCAAGCUCCUGCAGCCCUCCCACUCACCUCUAGCGUUGGAAACCUCAGGGGAUUCAACAGAGUCUGAAACUCCAGCUCCUUGUGUACUGGUCAACAGAAUGGAAGAAGAGGAGCAAAAGACAGGGGAGGUGGAGCUGGAAAAGGAGAAGCAGUUGGUUUUACUUCAGCAGCUCGAGGAACAGAAGAGCCAGUUGGAGCAGUUGCUACUUGAGGCUCAGCAGGAAAGAGAACAUCUGAAGUCGGCAGCGGAAUCAAGUGUUACUCUACCAGCGGGGCCUCAACCUGUUGUUUCUGAGCUGGGAACCCCAGCAGGUGAAGAUGACCACACCAGAAGGAUCAGGCAAUACCAGCGACAGAUGUUGGAACAAAAGAGGAUUCACCAGAGGUCGUUGGAAGUGGCUCGCCAGCGUCUGGAGGAAUAUCAACGAGCCUUACGAAUACGUUACAGUGUGACCUCAUGCCUGCUGCUGCCUGCUGUCUCCCAUCCGGGCCUCUCUCAAUCCCUGCAGACUACUCAGUCUGUAAAUCUUCCAAAUUUGCUGCAAGUCCCUAUGACCUUAGCAGAGGCUGCAAAUAUCCCUGUUAAAAUGCAAACUUCUAUGGAGGUUCCCACCAGGGAACCAGACAUGCAGGUUUCAACUGUCUGUUCUACUGGCUCCAGCUUUGGUGUUGGUUCCAAGUUGCUGCCAGAUAAAUUGAAACCUAUGUCAAACAGUCUGAGGAACCAGCAACUGGAUGGAGUAACGGAGCAGCCAGGCAGUCUGAGGCCCUCAUCAUCCUAUACACUAUCAAUGGCUAACAAACCUUUCACAACACAUCACUCUGCAAACAUCCGGCCCCUGUCUGGACCUGUCCAUCCCAUUAGUCGAAGCGUCACCGAGAGCUCCUCUCCCCUUAAAGGCUGUGUAGACACAAGAUCUGGGAGCUUUUUACAAAUGGACUCGCUGGAUUUUAAAAAGCUACAAAUAGGGUCCCUUAGGACAGAAGAGGACGACUUGGACUGUCAGAGAAAUUAUGUACAGGAGGUCCAGAGGGGAGGGCUGGGGCAGAGAGUGGAAGUGGUGCCGCCAAAGCAGCAGGAAGAGCAGAGACAUGGACAGAAAGUGCAAAUGGAGCAGAUGAAGCAGCAAAAGAAGCUGGUUCCAGAGCCACAGGUUGUAGAGAACACCAAGCAAACUCGCCUCCAAUUACUCACCUCCCUGCUAAAAGCAAUAGAGGAGUCCAGUGGAGGAACUUUGUCUCACCUGGAAGAACCUCCCCGUCUACACUCACAGAUUAAUCAUGACCAAAGAGACCCUGACAUCCAGACCGAUGCUCCCAGGCCUGCAUCAGUCCUACAUACAGGAAUUCACCCCUCCCAUCGUGUCACGAAGCCCCCCGUGACUCGAGUCAGACUGGGAACCGUGAAGGUGAUGACUGAACAGCACGAGCUCAGUGUGAUUCAAGAGGUGGAGAUGCUAGCUGAUAACAGCCUGAUAACCGGUGCAGAGGGUAGUGUGGCUGCUUCCCACAUUGCAGACUCGGGAGGAGUCUGGGAAGCGCAUGAGGAAUGUGAAUGGUCUGUAGCCCUGGACGAUGCUCUGCAGCCAUUCGCCUUGUCCGGCUGUGGGCAGCCGACAGAUGAAAGUCUGUCUGGGUCUACAGCGAUUUCAGGAAGUUGGAGAAAGCGACUGCUGAUGGGAACAGGGCCCUCUCAUAAACCGUUGAGGCCUGAUCCAGUGCUCAGCGUUAAUUCACCUCUUUCCUCUGACUCUGGAAGAGGAGCUGACCUUUCUGGUCCUGUGGUCUUAAGCUUCCCGUCCCACACAGAGUCGCCCCAUAGGGCUGCUGACUCUGACUGCCUCUCAUCCACCAUUUCAACCGGCAGCUACAUCUCCACUGAGCCUGAUCAGAAUGCCGACAGAUGUGACCAGGAAGUCAGCACGGGAGCAGAUCUCAUCCAUAUUGGUUCUCUGCCCGGUCAAAGUUCCACUGCAGGAGGUCCUCUGUUUAAUGAUAGCAGUAUCCAGCAAAUCAUACAGAAAUACAUGAGGGAACUUGACAUUUCCCUGAGCACGUGUGGGAUGGCAGCUUGUGAAGCUCCACAUGUGGAGGUACCAAUAACUUCAGUUCAGCGGUCUUUGGGUCAAGCCCCAGAGCAUGGAGCUGCCACUGGGGCCAGGUCUGUGAGUCAUGGGCCUUCAUCCUCAAAUGCAGCAGGCACACGGAGGAGCACUCAGGAGUAUAACUGUUUAGCAAGUCCAGUCUUGAGGCCUGUGCUCCACAGUGAAGACCCAGACGUUGUUCAACUGGCAGAGGAGUCAUCCUGUGUUGGUUCUGAGCAGUCUGCUGAGGUGCCACUGGUCGGACACCCUUCUGCUCACUCGUCCAUGAUUGGUCAGCUGCCAACGUGCUCAGAUCCAGAUGGAUGGGAUUCCACUAUGAGUCGGAUGAUUGGCAGCACUCAUUGGCUGAGUAGGGGAGAAGAUUUCUACGCCGGUCACCUCAUGGGUCUGCUGGGUUUGGAGCAGUCAACUACCUGGCUGAAUGAUGGUCAAGGGGAAAGCCAGAUGAGACCGCUGGUCGGGGAGCUGGAUGAGCAUCACAGUGAAAGCUCCGGUGAAAGAAGCCAUGUGGAGGCCAGCAUGCUUCAUGGCACUGUUCAAAGCUUGGAUCCAGACCUGGCCCCAGAGAGGACAGAAGCAUCUUCUGGCUUGGACUCGUUUUACCCGCUCCUGCCUGAGGUCACACACAACAACACUGCAGAUCUUUCCACGUCCUUCCACUUGCCUGAACACGAUGUUCCAGACUCUCCUGUAGACCAGUCAGCCUGGGGACUGAGCCCUGUUUCCAGCCCUGCGAAUGAGACCCACCCUGACCAGAUGGUGGGGUCUGAAAAGUCCCCUGAGCGCCUUCGCUCACAAGAGCAGUACAUGUGUUUAUCUGUGCUCAGGGAGCGUCCUGCUAUUAGCACUGACGUGGAUCCAAUGGCAGUGACUGUAUCACAUUUACCCCUGUGUGACACAUCUGACAUGUCCACGCUGCAGGAGGAGGUUGACGGGAGGAAUGACGGAGACCCGGUCACAACCGAAGGCCGCUGUGCUGUAGAGCAUAGUUCAGACCUCAGAUAUGACUUUCCUGUCCUCAGUAAAGUGUUGGACGUCUCCAGUGAGAGAGAGCUUCUGGAGCGAUCAGGGAUAACUCUAGUGAGUCUUGCUGACACCACAGUGGAUGAACGUGAAGAAGAUGAACAGUCAGACAAAGAGUAUGAGAAAAUACAGAAAGAGAAAACGGGGCCAGAAUUCACAUUAUUGCCAGAAGAGAAGCACCAAAGCUGUCCAGUGACAUUUCUAGAGUUCCAGUGGACUCCUGGCAGAAACUUGGAGGAGGAUGUUUACCGACAGAAGCGUGCAAUCCUACUUCACAAAUCAUCCCAAAGAGUGGAGAAACUUAAAGCCAAAGGCUGUGUGGCCAAGAGUAGACCUGAGAUGACCAGAGGCCCAGCUAAUUCUGAACCGGUCACCUCCAAAGCAAUAAGCAAGUCAGGACCUCACCGGAAGAUCCCCAAACCAAACACAACUGGAGGCUCUGGCUCUUUUGAGCAGAGAUCACUCCUUCAGCCUCCUCCAGGGAGACCUUGCAGACUGCAAAUAGUGGACGGAGUGAAGACCUUCACACCAGAGCCCAGAAAACGAGACGUUUCUGAAAUGCACCAGAGAACUCGAAGAUUGUACGAGCAGCUGGAGGAGGUGAAGCAUCAGAGAGCUAUGAGGAGUAGGCAUGAGGCUUAUGCACAAAACCGACUGAAGGCCAAGGAGUUCCACAAGAAAACCCUACAGAAGCUUCGUGCCAGGCAAACGUCACCGUAAUGGAGUGUUUUCUGGUUGUACUGUAUAUUUUAUCAAUAAACCUUUUACUUUUACACAA